GUUACCCGCUGAAAGGAACAUGGUGGCUGCUUCCUCCCUCCUAAGCAGAAGCAGCGGCGGCUCGAACUCUCUUUGAGGGACCGGGAAGUUGCGAGCACGGCGUCGGCGAGCCAGGCAGGCCGUUGGGGGCCUCUGAACUGAGAAAGCCGAAGGAAGUCCAGUAUUUGUCUGACGCCGCCGCCGCCGCCACAGGAAUCCUAGGCAUAACAAUGAGAGAAGAUAAAGGUCCAAGAGUGGUUGAUUACUUUGUAGUGGCAGAUCUCACCGAUACGUCAGCACUUCUAGAUCAAGAGGGAAAUCGCUCUGAAACCAAGUCUUUUGGUCCAAAGGCUCCAAUCACUGAACUUGCUGUGAUCAUCAAGUCAGCAGGCGAAACUGUUCCUGAGGGGUAUACAUGUGUAGAAGCAACUCCUACAGGACUUCAGGCCAAUUUGAACUAUGGAAGUCUUAAAAGUCCGGAGCUUUUUCUUUGCUACAAGAGAAGUAGGGACAAACCACCUCUACUGACAUUGGGUGAUUUAUAUGAAGGGAAGGACAUUGCGAAGCAAGAUUGUGAGGUGAUCCAGGCUACUCCCUAUGGCCGCUGUGCAAAUGUCAAUAACAGCUCAGUCACUUCCCAGCGAAUCUUUAUCACCUUUCGGAGGGCUCUUCCAGUGCGAGCUCAAAACUCCUUGGCUGUUACCGACAUAUGUGUCAUUGUAACUAGUAAAGGAGAAACCCCACCUCACACUUUCUGCAAAGUUGAUAAGAAUUUAAAUUGCGGCAUGUGGGGUUCCAGUGUAUACCUUUGUUAUAAGAAGUCAAUUCCAACUUCUAACUCAAUUGCAUAUAAAGCUGGUUUAAUAUUCAGAUAUCCAGAAGAUGACUAUGAGUCAUUCCCCUUGUCUGAAUCAGUACCUCUCUUCUGUCUUCCAAUGGGGGCUAAUGAAUGCUGGGAUCCUCACAAAUACCCGCUACCUGUAUUCUCAACAUUUGUUUUGACUGGCUCAUCUGCAGAAAAAGUAUAUGGUGCAGCUAUCCAGUUUUAUGAACCUUAUGCACAAGACUUAUUAAAUGAAAAGCAACACAUGCAGCUUGGCCUUCUGACAGCUGUAGGGAGAAAAGUUACUUCCAAAUCUAUCAAUUCCAAAUGCAUCUGCCUUCUGUCACACUGGCUCUUUGAAGCCUUCCGAAAAUUUCUAAUGUUUAUCUAUAAGCUGUCUGUGUCUGGUCCGCAUCCUCUUCCAAUUGAAAAGCACAUAUCUCACUUUAUGCACAACAUACCUUUCCCUUCACCACAAAGACCAAGAAUCCUUGUGCAGCUUUCGGCCCAUGAUGCAUUAAUAUUAUCUCAACCAGUCUGUACACCUUUACCACUCAGUGGGGCAAACUAUACCACUCUGCUUAUGAACCUUGGACCAGAAAACUGUGCUAUACUCUUCUUUGUCUUGUUGGAAGGCAAGAUUCUACUACAUUCUCUCUGUCCAGCUGUGCUGACUGGAGUUGCCGAAGCUGUGGCUGCUAUGAUCUUUCCAUUUCAGUGGCAGUGUCCCUACAUCCCCCUCUGUCCUUUGUCUCUGGCAGCAGUGCUCAGUGCUCCUGUCCCAUUUAUAGUUGGAGUUGAUUCACGGUUUGAUCUGUAUGAGCCACCACAAGAUGUGGUUUGCAUUGAUUUAGACACAAAGAUGGUGUACAUGUAAGUUGAUAAGAAGAGUAUGAACUGGAAGCUGCUCCCUAAGAAGCCUUGCAAAAGCCUUCUUGGCACGUUAAGGAAAUUGCAACCACAACUUGCCUUAGUUCACAGAAAGACCCAAGAAGGCUCUGCCGUCGAGAUGAAACCGAUUGAGGCAGAUUUCUCCUGGCAGAAAAAGAUGACACAAUUGGAAAUGGAGAUUCAGGAGCCUUCCUUGCGUUUUAUGGCCUACAUUUUAAAAGGGUAUCGAAUGUUUCUUAAGCCAACUCAAGCACCUUCAAAUAACACUACUGCUGUGGAGUCCCUGUUUGACCUUCAAGAUUUUUAAAAAGUAAGAGACCGUGCCUACACAAAAUUCUAUACAGGUUUAACAAAGACCCAGAUUUUUAGCCGCUUCGUUGAAGAAUGCAGCUUUGUGAGUGACAACGAUACAGGAUUAGCAUUUUUUGAUGACUGUAUAGAAAAGCUUUUUCCUGAGAAAGGAUCAGAAAAAGGAGAUAAGGUAUGAUGUAGACUCGCAGAAGAUAUCCGGUUAAUUGAAUUUGAUGAAUCUCAGAAGAGUGAACACACAGUAUUUAUAAUGCCACCAGAGCCACCUCCAGAUGAUGGACGAAGAUUACCAAAGUAUAGCUACAAGACCUUCCCUAAGUUAGAUCUUAAGCUCUUUGACCGACCACAAGAUCUCAAACUUUCCUUCAAGAGACACCCAGCUAAAAGCAACAUUUCAAUAGUCCCAGCGCUUAUGGCAAAAGGACCCAGAGAUAAAGCAGCCCAUAAACUCGCCAAGAGAUGCUACGCAAACUCCCCACAGUGGGCCAAAUUCCUUUUUAGUCAUUGUUACAGCUUAUGGUUUAUUUGUCUCCCCGCCUAUGUUAGACUUUCACAUCCAAAGUCAAAGCCCUGCAGCAAGCCUAUGAAGUUCUUAUUAAAAUGAAAAAAAACAGAUGUGGAACCACUAGAUGAAGUGUGUUAUAGAGUUUUAAUGCUGCUCUGUGGACUUUGGGGCCAUCCUGUUCUGGCUGUGCGGAUUCUUUUUGUGAUGAAAAAUUCAGGCAUAGAACCAAACGCAAUUACUUAUGGCUACUAUAAUAAGGCAGUUUUGGAGAAUCCCUGGCCUAGCAGUAAUCGUAGCGGUAUAUUUCUUUGGACAAAAUUGCGAAAUGUGGUACACAGUAUGGCACAAUUAAGGCAAGCUCUCAGAAAGUCCACACAGACUUCACAGGUUGUUUCAGUAUCAGCUUCACAGAAGAUCCCAGGUGGAAGUGAUGGGGACACGGUGAGCCAUGGUAGUGUGGAUAGUUCUAAUGAUGCUAACAGUGGGGAGCACACACUCUUCGUCAGAGACUUAGUCAGGCUUGAUUCCAUUGAUAAUCACUCUAGCACAGGAGGUCAGUCAGAUCAAGGCUACGGUUCCAAAGAUGAACUUAUAAAGGAAGAUGGGGAGCACCUUCAUUCAACAGAUGUGCUUAAAGAAAAAGAUGUUGGUGCAAAAGUUGAAGACUUAAUUGGAGAUGUUUGUGACACCAAUGAAUCUGUAGAAAAACAGCACUCUAAUAUAGAAUCUCAAACCCCUGUGGAAGUGCCUUUGCAUUCCUCAAGUAGUAUUGUGAAGAUUCCUUCUGGUAUGUUUGUUCGUCCUGGCAGGAAAAGCAGUGGUGGAACUGCAUGCAGUCCACUGUUCAUCGUUCAGGAUCCUAUUGAAGAUUCAGUGUUUGAUUGUAACACUUCUCCCAAAAGAGCAAAUGAAAAAGGAAAGAAAAGGCAAAAACAUUUUUCUGAAAGGAGUUGCAGUUUCAGUACUGAAAGCAGAGCAGACAUGCUGCUGAAGAAGAACAGCUUAGACUCUAACUCCAGUGAUCUUGCAAUAAUGAUGGGAGCAGAUGCAAAGAUCCUCACUGCCGCUCUAUCAGGGGCGAAAACCUCUCCAUCCCAUAUGAGUAACUCCCAUACUUUUGAUGAUGCCAGUGGCAUACAAUUUGUCUGUGGGUCAGAAAGUGACAGAACUCAUGCAGAAGAAAAUACAUGGGAAAUAGGGGCUAGGUCUUCACCUGUUGUGGAAGAAUCUGAAGAUCAAUUGAAAAAUGGACUUAGUGACAGUAGCCCCAGACCUCCUGAUACCCUUCAGUCUAAAACUGAGCAAGAAGAAUCCAAAGAGACAACAAACAAAAGGAAUAGUUUUUAUGGUGUAGCCAAACCAAUUGAAAGGGAAGAUGUUCAAAUGGGUUUGGAUCCUUUAUCUUUGCUGGCCACGGAAACAAAAGCCACCAAACCUGCCGAGCCGGAAGAAAAGAUCAUGUCACCGGUGGUAGCACGCAAUCUGGCUGAGGAAAUUGAAAGCUACAUGAAUCUAAAAAGUCCCUUGGGCAGCAAAUCUUCCAGCAUGGAAUUACACAGGAGAGAGAGCGAUCGGGAAGGGGAUUCCCCUAGUUCAUCAGGGCCCUGUUUAGAGAGAAGGUCAAGCUUAGAUUCCAUUCCCCCACCCCUGCCCCCACCCCCACAGACUCAAAAUGUUAAUCAUAAAAGUCCAUCUGUCUCCAGGUCCAAAACCUUUACUGGAAGGCCAAAGCAACUGGCUCUUUCCCGCACCCAAAAAGAACGGUCAAUAUCUUUAACAGGGCUCGGUCGUUCUUCUCCUCAAGCUUCGCUUGGUGCAGUUGUCACCUCUCUGUCAGGGCUGAAGCUAGACCACAUAUUAUCUGGGCCUAAAAUAGAGGUCUUGAAAUCUGGCAUGAAACAAGCAGCUAAUGUCGCCAGCAAGAUGUGGGGAGCAGUGUCAUCAGCAUAUAAUUAUUCAGAUGAUGAGGAGGAAACCAGCCAUCCCGAUUUCACCUUCCCUGCUGGCUUUGAAGAUCAUAUAUUAGGCUUCUGUCAGUCGCCAAAAAUAGGAAUCCCAGGACUGGCUACCAGUGAACUUGCGCAGAGCACCACAAGUCUUGGAAGCAGCAACAGCAGUGGAGACUUAGGGAAGCCACACUAUCCUACAGGGGAAAAUCAAUUUUCACGAGGUAUGAAAGUUAUGGAUUCUGAUAAAUCUGAACAUGGCUCUUCAUACAAUACCAGUCUAUCCAGUAUCUUCCAAAAUUGUGCAAUGGAGGUUUUAAUGUCGAGCUGCUCUCAGUGUCGAACCUGUGGUGCCUUGGUUUAUGAUGAAGAAAUUAUGGCAGGAUGGACUGCAGAUGAUUCUAAUUUGAAUUCUACCUGUCCAUUUUGCAAAAGUGCCUUUUUACCUCUCCUUAAUGUGGAAUUUAAAGACUUACGUGGCCUUGCAAGUUUGCUUUUGAAACCGAGUACCUCUGGUGAUAGUUUACACAGCACUAACAUUCCAUUAACCACGGAUUCUCUGGAACCGAAACCUGCCUCCAUCCCUACCACAGAUCUGAUCAGUUUUUCAGAACCUUCAAGUGCCAACCAGGCCAUCAGUGAGGAAAAUAGCAGCCCAGCGACACAAAGCAUCCAUACAGCAGAGGAAGAAGACAAAAAUCUCAAACGCGUAAAGCCUCCUGUUACAAAUAAUUCAUCAAAACGGGGGACUUCUCUGACACGGAGUCACAGUGUUGGUGGCCCACUGCAAAAUAUUGAUCUUCUGCAAAGACCAUCUCAUGGCAUUUCAACAGUUAGCCUCCCAAAUAGUUUACAAGAGACAGUGGAUCCUUUAACAAAAAGGACAAAUCCGCUGCCUGUAUCGGUUCCCUAUUUGAGCCCAUUGGUUCUCCGGAAGGAGCUUGAAUCUUUGUUGGAGAAUGAAGGAGAACAAGUAAUUCACACAUCAACGUUCAUCAAUCAGCAUCCCAUUAUUUUUUGGAAUUUGGUAUGGUAUUUCCGGCGCCUGGACCUCCCAAGUAACUUGCCCGGUCUCAUUCUAACAUCUGAACACUGCAAUGAUGGAACACAGCUUCCUCUGACCAACUUGUCUCAAGACAGCAAGCUAGUGUACAUACAGCUACUAUGGGACAACAUCAAUUUUCACCAAGAAUCCGGGGACCCACUAUAUGUAUCUUGGAGAAAUCAGAAUUCUACAGAAAAGAAGCCCUCGGUCAAUUCUGAAGAGCAACAAGCAAUAAUCACUUUAGUUGAAAACAUCAAACUGAGCAUUCAGCACAAUGAUGUUGUUACACCUAUUAAUCUCCUUGUGCAGAAAAUUAAGCGGGAUGAGAAACGGCAAAGGAGUUUUUACAGAGAAAUCCUUUUCCUAUCCCUGGUGUCCCUUGGAAGAGAGAAUAUUGAUAUUGAGGCCUUUGACAAUGAAUACAGAGCUGCAUAUAAAAGCCUUCCAGAAGUAGUACUGAAAAAAAUGCAAAAGAUUGAUUCUCCACCCAGUGACACUGUAGAGUGGUGCAGAAAAUGCUUUGGGGCACCUCUCAUAUAGAUUCCAUCAUCAAAGACUUACCAAGAAAAAAAGGAGAUAACUGGGAAUGUAUAAAUUUGGCUUCAAGCUCCAGAAUUCUAGUUAAAACAACUGCUGUGUGCAAUCCACUUAAGAGUAACAUUGUUCUGUGACAUUUGAUAUUUAUACCACCACAUGAAUUAAAUACGCUAACUCAAAAUAAUCAAAUUGACAGUUAACUUUCAACCAUGCUAUUUAAUCCUUCCCUUCUAUCUAGAAGUGAAGAGUGACAACAAAGGGACAUUAAUUUGCUUUCUUUCUUUUACUUGUUCCUUCUAGCUCAAGAGUACAUUAAUUUAUGUAUGGAAGAAAUUCUAUUACAUUUAUAUGUACAUAUUUCAUGUACAUUUUUAUUAUGAAAUGCAGUUAUUUCCCUUGGUUCAAAAGAAUAGACUGUAGCUUUAGCAAGUGGGCCUCUUAAAAGCCAUCACUGUCCCAAUUCACAGAAAAAUUAUAACAUUUAUCCUGGCUGUGUAAAGCAAAGCUUAUUGUUUCUUCUUUUCAUAGUAACUUUUUAAACUGUACAUAUGUUUUCUGAAGCAAUGAUGGGUAUCUACCCGGAGUGGCUCUAAGACUUUUUAUAAAGGAAAACUGAGAAUAGAUGAACAAAGGUACAUAAAGGGGCAUGAAAUAUUCACAUUUUUAGCAUUCAUAGAAAAUUGCAUGUGUGGGUCUGUGUGUAUUUAGAUAUACAGACUCAAAAACAUAUAUGUGUGUAUAUGUACACGCUCAUAUAUGUAUAUACAUAUAUAUGGGACAGAGCUUAAAAUUUCAGUGCACUAAUGUUCCAUCCCUUAUUUUUCUCUAACCUGUGGGAUAUGUAUCUUUUUUGCACUGGCUGAGUUAAAUACGUCUGUGUUAAACGUAUUUAUACUCAUACACUUGAAGAUGAAUUUACUGAAAAUGAAAAUACUAAUUUUUAAUGUUAAAGUAUUUUAUUUUCCUGCUUAUUAUAUUCACACCUCACUUUUCUUUACAAUUCCCGGGUUUAUCUCCAACAUCAGAUAUUCAUUUCAAGUGUUGUUGUAAUAAAGAUUUAGACACAUUCAAUAAUUUUGUAAAGAAACAAUUAUGAAUUUUAAAAACAGAUUAAGAUUUAGAUACAAAAUGCAUUCUUGAUCAUGAUUUUCAAGGCUGUCUUUUGCCCAUAUAAUUAUUCAUUCUUUAGUAGUACUGCUGGAGAUAAACUAUUGCAAAUCUUAGUCAGUGAAAUUAUUACAUUACACAAAACACAACAUUUUGCACUUUUUGGAACAAUCUGGUGUGAUAGCAUUUUUUUUAAAAAAAUUUACUCUAAGCCACAUUUCAAAAUUCUUGGAAAUUUGUUUUUAAAGCAAUUUCCAUGUUUUUAAAAGUUACUGUUUAAAACAGUUUCUGGUCUCACCCUUUCAAGGAAGUGUUGGGGGAUUAGGGUGUUAACACUUUCUGUACAAUUACCUAUUUUAAUUUUUGAAUCUCUUAUGUCCAUCUGCAAAUAUAAUGGUUUUUCAUCUACACAUGAUUUUAUGUUAAUAAACCUCUUGUGAAACACAAUUCUAUACAGUCAUAUUUACAGUAUAAAAAUUAUAUCUUAACAUAAGACAAAAAUAAUGCUCUUGAUUUUUUUAAAAAUACGCAAGCUAUUUACCACUAUCGUUUUCUUGUUUCAUUUAUAAACUAACUGAUAUAGUUUACUUUUCAUUGGGAGCAACGUGGGCCACCAUAAAACACUGCAUGUUAUACCUAAUGUUAAUCUUAUUGACUCCUGUGUAGUUAGUUAAUUCAACUCAAAUUCAAAACUGGUUUUAUGAACUGCUGUUAGCCUUGUAAGACAUUUUGACUGUUGAUCCAGAAGUGUAAAUAUUCUCAUAUUUGGAGCACCAGUGCGGGACCCAACUGUAUCCCCAUAUCCAGUUUUUUUUUUUAAAAAAAAAAUGUGAUACUGGCACAAAGGAAUAUGCCACCCUCAAGUACCAUACCAUUCUUAUUUGCAAAAACCGCGCUGAAUUCUGCAAAAAUUCCAUAAAUUCUUUAUAAAGCAAAUAUAGGCAGCCUCGAUUCUCUUGAAGUAUUCCCCCAACACACAUAGAAAAAAGCAAAGAUAAGCCAGGGUAAAAACAGGUCUGUCAUUUUGCCUUGUUUUAUUGUAAAACUUUUCUAUGAGCCAUUUCUUGACAGUUCUCAUGCUCCCAAAUUUCUGGCAUGGACCAUCCCAACCGGUCAGGGUGUUACCCCUAUUACGAUAAUGAAUAUGUAAUUCCAUGAGGGGGUCCCAUUCUUGAAAUUUUCCAGCAUCCCUAAACAGGCAUUGCUGACCAAAAAUCUUUGUUCAAUUUCUGUCAAGCAUUCAACAAUCUUGUACUUGCCAAGGUUGCCUAGCCAACUGCCCAACAAACUAGUUAACAAACUAUAACUUAAAAUGAUUGCUAAAUAGAUCAGUGACAGUGAAUUUAAUACAUAGGUUUCAUACCAAAGCUCAAAGUGUGCCUUUUGAAUAUAUCACCUCUGAUCUUAUUUUAAUAUAAGUAUGCAUAGAUCAAAACAAUAUUCAGUGUUUCAAUGUUUUUCAAAAGGUGGAGAUCCAAUUGCAAUUUUCACUAAUCACAAGCUUUUUCCAAAUUUGCUCUUUAAAUCAAGUUCAGACACAGAUCCCUCUUACUAUCUAUAGAGGAAUAGCCAAUUUUGCUCUUACUGCAUCUAUAUUAGAAGCCACACAGGAACAAUAAGUGAUUAUGCAAAUUAUGGGAUCUCAUAAUAUUCUUUGUAGGUAAUAUUUAAUAUCUUAAGUGGCUACCUUAAUAUCUUAAGUCCGUGGGACUUAUUUAAGUGUUUUAUUUUUAUUUACCAACUCAAAGGUUAAUAUUUUAGUGGCUGAUGAAUACUUUUGAAAACCGUAAAACAAUAAAAGGCGAGUAUUGAGAGUUAUAAUAGUACAAUAUUUGUACAGCCAAUUUUUAUACAUAUUUGGAAAUCGAUGUGUUUUGGGGUGGAGUAGAAAAGUAUCCCCCAGGGCAACCUUAUGUAUUUAUACUCUAAGAACAAGUCUUGAGUUAAAUGAGAUUAUGUGGAAAGCAUCUGCUCUCAAACGCCAUGUAAAAAUUCACGUAAUUCAGAGCUAUUUAAUUGUAAGAAGGAAAAAUAUGGGAAUAUAAAAUUGCACACAACGUACUAUUAUUGAUGUUAUUACUGCGCAUCAGGCUGAAAAAUCCAUUGUCAGAUAAAUUAAGACCUCUAUUGAAUAAUUUUGUAAAAAAAUAAAUUAACAGAGCAAUUAGCAAUGAAGCUGCUAUUUCCCAUUUUCAAUUGCAUUUUAUAAAGUAGGUUUGCUAUGAAAAACAUUUACGACAGGUUUAUGCUCAUUAACUAAUCUGCAUAAUCUAAGACAUUGUACUAUAUCUGGCUUCAAGUUAAGUUUAUAAUUUAAAAAGAGCUGUUUCUAAAACAUGCAUUAGAUAACCAUAGCUGUAGAAAAGACACAUAUUAAGAGAAAUGUGCAUGUUACUCUUAACCACAUCUUCAUAGAAGUAACAUUAGGAAAACAUGUUUUACAGCUUCUAGUAAUUUAGAAAUGAAGCAUCGAACAUCCCAAAGUUUUUUCAUAUUUUAACGAAAACUUACAAAAACCAUCUUUAAAGUAAACAUUAACUGAUACAUUUAUUUUUAAUCUUCCAAGCACCGUUAAGAGAAACUGGAAAUUAUUCUGCAUUGUAGAUAAUCCAAGUAUAAAAAGGGAGAGGAUUUAAAAUCAAAGAGAAAUGCAUGAGUUUCUUUAGGAAUCUUUCAGUAUGCAUUUGAAAUAUGGAAAGAAAAGACUGACAAUGGAGUUGUUUAUUACCAAUGCAAUAAUUAUAAUUCUGUUGUACAAAUAUGUCAGCUGUAUGCUUGCUUUAAUCUAACAAAUACCUAAUUUUCUGUAGAUAAAAGGGUGGUAAUUUUUUAAAAUUACUUUUGUAUAGGAACCCUCAGUGAUUUAGAAACCACUUGUUAAUAUUAUCGCAAAAAAAUAAAAGUAUACAAAUAUA